GCCGGGCCCGCCAUGGCGUCCGGGCCCGCGGGCCGCGCCGCGGAGGAGCCGCCGCCGCCGGAGCCGCCCGCCGAGCAGAAGCCGCCGCCGCUGCCGCCCGCGCAGGAGGAAUUCUCCUUCCUGCCGCUCGUCCACGACAUCAUCAAAUGCAUGGACAAGGACAGCCAGGAUGUUCACCAGGUACUGAAUGAGCUCAAGAACAAGUUCCAGGAGAUGAGGAAGCUGAUCAGCUCCAUGCCUGGCAUCGGGGUGAGCCCAGAGCAGCAGCAGCAGCAGCUGCAGAACCUGCGGGAGCAGGUCCGGACCAAAAACGAACUGCUGCAGAAGUACAAGAGCCUUUGCAUGUUUGAAAUCCCCAAGGAGUAGGAAAGACACAGCUGCACUCUCCGGGUCUGAGUUGCCUCCUGUCCAGGCUGAGCAGGGUGGCAGAAGCUGACGUUUUCUUCUUUCGGUUUUGUGGUGACAGAGCUGUGGCGCUGUGCCUGUGUGGACCGUGAGUGUGUGACAGGUGUGUGGCACAGGACACCGUGUGCUCCCCUGGGACAAUGACAGUGGCAGGUUCCCUUGAUCACCUGCAGGACUGUGCACUUACAUAUCCCAUCUCCUGUUUUCUCUCUGGGUGGGGUUCUUCUUUUUUGUAUUCAAACAAGCAGGAGACAUUCUGCUUUCUCCUCACUAAGGGUCAAAGUACCUGCUGGUGAAAAAGGGGGCAUUUCUGCUUUUUUUUUUUUUUUUUAAUAAACUUAAAAAUGGCCAAACAUCAAAAGGGAACAUGAGAGGGAAGCAUGAGCUGUUUGGCCCUGCUCCUGGAAAGAGUCUCUGGUACACUUUCCAUUCCCUGUGUGUUGGAAGAGGAAUGAUUGCUUUCAAUUACUUCUGUAUUUCUCUUUUUAAACAAUUGGUGGUUGUUUCUGAGAUGAGUCAAAUAAAGAUCUAUAAAUUCCAAA